CAAUACGGCAUUUCCUAUGCAUAUGCUUAACAACAGGGAUCAUGGGAGAAAGAGGCUGUCAAAAAUCACCUACCGGACUUUUAGAACAUGAAAAACUCACAUUGGCAUGGUUGUCAGCCCUCUAAAGAUUAAUUUGACGGAAAAAAAAAGGAAAAAUUUACGGUGGAAUCAUGUAAUACGAUAUCAAAACAUAGGUGGUGGCCUUUUCAGCCCUUGUGACUGCCUGAAAACAACACCAAAACACCUAACUUCUAAAGCCUACUGCAUCCACAAAUAUUGCUACAAAUCUGGUUUUUCAACACAAUAUAGAAGCUACAACCCUUACCUAUAAGAUGCACCUCCAAAAUCCAAAAAUAUCCCAAGGAAAACAUUUCUACAGCCACUUUUCCCAAGCCUACCUAAGCAUUCUGAGGGCACUAAAACUGGGACAUCUGCGCAAGUCCGGAAAUACCGAAAUUUGCCCUGUCACCCCCCUGAACUUGAGAAUUAACAGAUGACAACCCUACCAAACAAUGAUGAAAGUAGUUUUCAACAACUUCUCCAAGUUUGAAAAAAUUUCAAUGAAAUAUGACUGCGCAGCAAUGAUUUUCCUGACAAGUGUCAAUGGCUGUUUUCAAAUGCUGACAAGGCAGUGGGUGGGGAGGGAAGUGGAUCAAAGUGCCAACAUGGAUGAGGUCAAAAAUUGUGAAAAAAAGACACAGACAAUGUCAACCACUGGUAACCACUGGUAACCACUGGUCACUCUGAUAGAUCUACAUGCUUUCCUCUGUUUUGGACUUAAAAUUUCUUCUUUUUUGAACUUUGGAAAUAUGUAUAAUACAAAAAUGAAUACCAGAAUCUCACCUUUAUGUUUUUAGAACACCUUUAAUAUGAUAUUUCUGCCUAGUAUGCCACUGUCAGUAUCUGAAACCAAGUCAUGGCACUUGCCUGGAGCUAGUGCUAAUACACAAACUCAAUUAAAAUCACUGGAAAGCAUCCUUUCUCAUGAGAAAAUGGCAAGCCACACAGUCACACACCCAGAAACACAGGCAGGCUGUGACACACACUCAGGUGAGAAAUGGCCAAGGCUAACAACUCCAUGUGGUACAAAUUGUCACUCCCCCUGAGCCGGACUAUCUUAAAAGAGCUGGUAUGUGACAAUUCGGCCCAUACCCUGUCUGCCUGCCUUUCUACCUACCUGCCUACCUACCUACAUACCUUCUCACAUCAACACCACAUCAUGCCGAGGAGAAGAAAGAAGAUGAGGCUUCGACAUGCCGGCCAGUUCAGGGCGGGAAACAAACCGUGGAACAAGGGUCUUACGAUCACGAAGGUAACACCCAUUUCUUCAUACCAUAGGCCAACACAAGACCAGGACAGUCUGUAUGUCAACCGAGAUAGGAAGGGAAACAUCAUACAGAAUGACAUUGAAACUCUGAAUGACGUGGGAACAACAAUGGUGCUCCGUCAUACAAAACUGCAAGGAAGCCGGAUUGCGAGAUUCAUUGGGGAGAAGACAGACAGCGAUGAAGUGGAGGGCUACCGCAUGUGGCAUGCGAAGACAGCGGUCCAUGCCUGUGUGAGUGCACAGAGACACCACGACAAGAUCCAAACAGACUGCAAGGGACUGGUCAGAGUGUCAGCCCGGAAGGAGCAGAAGAAAGGCCUGACCACUUCGGAGACACUGGUGUGCAACGAGUGCAACUAUGAAUCGCCUCACAGUAAGUUUUAUGGGGUGGUGCCGUCAGACGAACCAGGAAAACGAGGACCCAAGGUCGCAGAACCUAACAUGGCAGCACAAGUCGCCAUGUUUAACAGUCCCAUAGGACCGCAAGUGCUCAGAGAAGUUGCAGCUGCACUGGAUAUAUCAGUGCCAAGCACGGGAGGACUUCAGAACUUAGCAAAUAAAUACAGUGACAAGAUGGUUUCCUUAAACGAGAAGGACAUGGAAGCUUUGCGAGAGACGGUGAAGGAAGUCCAUGCAGUGAAAGGAAACGAACCGGACAGCGGCAUCCCAAUAGAAGCCGACUCUCGCUACCAAAGCCCGCUCCGUUCUGGAAGGGGGAAGAAACCAGGUCAACCGUCUGGCACCUGUGUCACCAAUGUAGCUGAAAAUGUGACAAAAAGGAAGUGGGUCAUCUGCACUCAUGUCAAGAACAAGAACUGUCAACAAUGUAGCAGAGGAGAGGGGAAGAAGGAAGUCCCAUCCCACAAGUGUUCAGCGAACAUCCCACAGUCAGCCGUUAUAGGGGAUGAAAGACAGGCUGCCAUAGAGAUUGCCAAGAAACUGAUGUCUGGGCCUAGCAAAACAAUUGUUGCUGAGUUAACUGAAGAUGGUGAUAGCAGCUUCUCCUCUGGAAUGAAAGAAGUCAUGGAGGAAGCAGGACUGAAUGAUCUCAAAGUCUUCAAAGACAUUGUGCACCUUUCAAAAGCUAUCAGGCGCAAGGUGAGCGGAGGCAAGUGGUCCAAGCAGAUGUUUCCAGGAAAAACCCAGGAAGAGAGAAAGUGGAUCAGGGACCGCUUCGGCAAUGACUUGGCCAUAAGGCUAAAUACUGAACACAUCCUGGGACUAAAGAAGUUCCGUAACCAGAGGGUCAUGGCUGGAAAAAUGAAACAGGUUAUGCAAGCAAUUCCAUAUUGCUAUAGUGGAGAUCACAGCAGAUGUAAGUCCGGUUCCCUCGUGUGCAGGCACCCAUACAAAUGGAAGUUUCAAGAGUUACAAGAGAAGGCGAAGGGAAAGCUGGACCCGACCGACGCUGACCUGAAGGAGUUAGGAAAAAUCAUGGAGCACAGGCUAGGAAAGGAGGCUUUGAAGGUGACAAGACGUGGGCGAACCACCAACAAAGUAGAGUCUGUUAAUAGACAGAUUAGCAAGACAUGUCCAAAAAAUGUGAACAGAUCUCGUACCUUUCCGGGCAGAGUGCACUCUGGACUACACUCCUCCAACAAUGGAACCGGGAUGUCGAUAGCCCGCAAACGUGCCGCAGCCAAUAUACCGUUUUCACCAAACUCCGCGGUCGUUCCUGCAUUGGAAGGGAUGGAAAAGACACAGAACUAUCACCGUGCGUACAAGAUGGAGGUAGCAAACCAGAAAAGACAAAAAGCCAAGACAUUGAGAAGGUUUGCUUCAUAUGACAAAAGAAAAGAGCAGGGAACUUACAAAAGCAAGAGAGCAGUGACAGGUACAGGUAGGGCACCAAGGAAGAAGAAGAAGGUAGACAACAGAGAACAUUCAUACACCCGUCCCGCAGAGCAGGAGUCACCAAGUGGAUCAGAUGCAGACUAAGGACUGAUAGAAUGUAGCUUACCUAAGCACCUACAGAAUACAGUCUGGCCAACCUGUAUGUGUCCGACAUACUCCGCGGCGUCGGCAGGACUUUCUCCCGUUGUUGACAGACUGAGGCUCGUAAGAUAGGUGUAGAUAGUUCACACAGAGAGGUUGAUGACAGAGAUGAGAGACAUGUAUAGCUUUGUCAAGGUGCAGCUGGCCAGAAUAAACCAUGUAAGACACUCUAUGUACAGGCCACUUCUUAGUUGUAAAGGCAGGCGUAUCAGGGAACCAACAGACAUUAAUCCCUCCGUAGACUGACAAAGCUGAUUUCAAACCUCCUUUCCAAAAAAUACAUGUUGAUCCAGGCUCUCUACGUAUGUUAGCCUCAAUCUUUCUUCUGUAUUCCAAGCGCCAAUUAUCUGUUUGACUCAUGGGGGAGGGGGGCGUGUUACAAAGUCAGAAAAACAGCCAAAAUGUUGUAUAAUUUGAAUAAACUGGUCUUCAACUAAGCCACCAUGUGUCCUUGUACUGUCCUUAUCUUGUCUAAGGGUAUCAAGUAUCAAAAAGUUGUGAAAAAACUCACCUCAUUGGUGCAACCCGUCGGCAUGCAGGCUACAAUACGGCAUUUCCUAUGCAUAUGCUUAACAACAGGGAUCAUGGGAGAAAGAGGCUGUCAAAAAUCACCUACCGGACUUUUAGAACAUGAAAAACUCACAUUGGCAUGGUUGUCAGCCCUCUAAAGAUUAAUUUGACGGAAAAAAAAAGGAAAAAUUUACGGUGGAAUCAUGUAAUACGAUAUCAAAACAUAGGUGGUGGCCUUUUCAGCCCUUGUGACUGCCUGAAAACAACACCAAAACACCUAACUUCUAAAGCCUACUGCAUCCACAAAUAUUGCUACAAAUCUGGUUUUUCAACACAAUAUAGAAGCUACAACCCUUACCUAUAAGAUGCACCUCCAAAAUCCAAAAAUAUCCCAAGGAAAACAUUUCUACAGCCACUUUUCCCAAGCCUACCUAAGCAUUCUGAGGGCACUAAAACUGGGACAUCUGCGCAAGUCCGGAAAUACCGAAAUUUGCCCUGUCACCCCCCUGAACUUGAGAAUUAACAGAUGACAACCCUACCAAACAAUGAUGAAAGUAGUUUUCAACAACUUCUCCAAGUUUGAAAAAAUUUCAAUGAAAUAUGACUGCGCAGCAAUGAUUUUCCUGACAAGUGUCAAUGGCUGUUUUCAAAUGCUGACAAGGCAGUGGGUGGGGAGGGAAGUGGAUCAAAGUGCCAACAUGGAUGAGGUCAAAAAUUGUGAAAAAAAGACACAGACAAUGUCAACCACUGGUAACCACUGGUAACCACUGGUCACUCUGAUAGAUCUACAUGCUUUCCUCUGUUUUGGACUUAAAAUUUCUUCUUUUUUGAACUUUGGAAAUAUGUAUAAUACAAAAAUGAAUACCAGAAUCUCACCUUUAUGUUUUUAGAACACCUUUAAUAUGAUAUUUCUGCCUAGUAUGCCACUGUCAGUAUCUGAAACCAAGUCAUGGCACUUGCCUGGAGCUAGUGCUAAUACACAAACUCAAUUAAAAUCACUGGAAAGCAUCCUUUCUCAUGAGAAAAUGGCAAGCCACACAGUCACACACCCAGAAACACAGGCAGGCUGUGACACACACUCAGGUGAGAAAUGGCCAAGGCUAACAACUCCAUGUGGUACAAAUUGUCACUCCCCCUGAGCCGGACUAUCUUAAAAGAGCUGGUAUGUGACAAUUCGGCCCAUACCCUGUCUGCCUGCCUUUCUACCUACCUGCCUACCUACCUACAUACCUUCUCACAUCAACACCACAUCAU